AUGGAAGAUGAGGCUUCUCAGCACACUCUCCCGCACGGCGAUGACCCUGAUUCUCGCUCUACAUCUCGCUGCAUGACGCCGUCAUUGAUGAACCAGACUUUCGAGGAGGCGACUACUAUCUCUCCGCAUGCCAUUAUUCGAUUGAUACAAUGCUCUCGUUGCUCGUUUCCUCUCCAAACACCCCUUCGACUUCCGUGUGGAGGGGUUUCAUAUCCUGCAAUCGAGGAGCGGAAGCAGGGCUUUACGUGUUACGGGGGUGAAGGUGGAUGCGGUGCCGAUCAUUGUCUGGGUGAUUGUGGUACUGAUGUCCUUUUAUCGAGGUUGGUUGAGGUGUUUGACGAGGUGCUGGAGGACGACUCAAGUACAACUAAGGAUGGAAAUCCUGGGCAAACAGUCGCAUGGGUGGGAGCUUUACCUGACAGGGGGAAGCUGGAGCAGAGUGCCGAGAUUGGUCCGGAACCCCUGACGGGAGUGUUCAACUUGGUUAAGGGAGGUCGAUUUGGCUAUAACGUCUCGGAAGUCAGCUACCAACCUCCCCUAUCUGCCUGCUACACAAAGUAUACCCGCACGCUUACCAAACUUCGAGCCACAGUGCGCAAUGAGCUAGAUUGCCAGGUUUGCUACUCGCUGAUUCUCGACCCAUUGACGACGCCCUGCGGUCAUACUUUCUGUCGUAGAUGCGUCGCUAUGGCUUUAUCUCAUAGUAAUUUAUGCCCCAUAUGUCGGCGGAAGCUGAAUAUGCCUUCAUCUGUCAGGUCGGAGCGAAACAACAAAAGCCUAUCGGAUAUCAUUGAGACUCUUCUACCUGAUGAGGUGGCAUCUCGACGAGCAGACGUUGCUUCUAACAUCGAGUUGAAUAGUGAAGGCAAGCUUCCGCUUGCUGUAGUAUCUCUUGCAUUUCCGACUAUGCCAAUUGGACUUCAUAUCUUUGAACCGCGGUACCGUCUUAUGAUCCAAAGAGUCAUGGAAAGCGGGAGUCGAAAAUUUGGCAUGGUGAUGCCCAACCGAAGAGGCCAUCUUCAACAGGGACUUGGAAGGGCACCGUUCAUGCGGUAUGGGACUAUACUGGCCAUCAACCGCCAUGAACUGCUACCUGAUGGAAGGAGCCUCCUUAUUGCUACCGGAACAUCCCGCUUUAAAGUGCUCAGUUGGGAGCUGGUGGAUGGCUACCACGUUGGUAAGAUCCAGCGGGUUGACGAUGUUUCAAUUUCCGAGGAGGAGGCCCAGGAAUCAAGAGAGACUGCUACUAUUGAACCAGGAAGCAGCACUUCCGACAGGUCCAUAGAUUCCAUGUCAACCCAGGAACUAUACCAGUUGGCGCUGGAUUUUGUGCUCAGAGAGCGCAGACUAGGAGCACCAUGGUUACACCCUCGUGUUUUGCUAGCUUAUGGGGCAUUACCGACUGACCCCGCUCUAUUUCCGUGGUGGUUUGCGACAGUCCUGCCUAGGUGGGAGGAGGAAAAAUAUAUGCUGUUGGAAACAACGUCAGUUAGGCAAAGGCUGAAAAUUACCGCGCGAUGGGUCAAAAGACUAGAGUCUCGACAGUGGGUUGUCACGACUUUCGGGCCAUUCCCCAUGUCCGUCUCAAUAACGUUCGGGCCGGGUGGGGCAGUUUCUCAGUUUGGUGGCCCGGACUUGGUUGCAACCAAUAGCUCAGAUACGUAUUUGUCUCAGACCCUAGUGCUGGGGGUCUUCCUAGCCAUUUUCAUGGCACAGAUGGCUGCCAACGUCGUCCAAGUAGUAAGGUCAAGGCAGCCGGCAAGAGUAGAAAACACCCAAACGCAGCGAGAGCAGCCCGAUCUACCCGCAGAGGUACAAGAGGGGGCUGAGCAAGGACAACGCCAGAAUCCAGCUGAUAUGGAACCUGGAUGA